CAUCAGGAAACGCUUUUGAAAAGCCUGGCGCUCGUCGUUGCCCUUCAGUUUGAGUUUUGGCGGCGGAGGUGGUUGUGGUGUUGGAUUUUUUUUCCUCUCUGAGGCGACGAGUUUUCAGAUGCCGAGGCCGGUGAGCGAAAGUGAGGUUUUGGCUGCCUCACUGGUGAACAGUGUGACUCAGGCCCUGGGAAAACUGCAGAAUUUGUGGGAUGAAAUGGGCAUCAGCAGAGAAUCGCAAAUGGAGCGCAUGCAGGCAGCGAAGGGGCACAUUGAGACUCUUUUGAACGAAAUGAUUGAAGAGGAGAGUAAUAUGAAAGAAAAAAUUCAAAAUGACAUCGAAAUGCAUAAGCAUCAAUUGGAUAUCCUCAGGCAUGAACUAAGGCAGGAUCCGUAUAAGGUUGAUCCAACGUUAACCAUCCUUCAGUUAGAAAAAAUGCUUCGUUUGACUUUAGAAGAUGCUCAUGAAGAAAAAAACCAAAGGCUGACAAAACUGAAGCAACUGCAGCAGGAAGAGCAGGCGCUGUGCACAGAGCUUUGUGCAACCCCCUACUACAUACCCACAGGCAGCAUUCCAAGUAGUUUACAGCUUCAAGAAUUAAAAGAGCAUAUUGAGAAGCUCUCAGAAACUAAGGAACAACGACAGGAAGAAUUUGUUCAACUAAGAGAAGAAAUAAAACAGUAUAAUAAAGAAAUUGGACACAUCCCAGAUGGCACGCUGGAAAAUGAGAUAUUGGAUGAAGAAUGUAUGUGCCUUACAAAGAAGAACCUUGAAGAUAUGCGUAAACUUCUUCAUCAGUUGCAGACAAAAAAGGAAUCCCUGACUGCUUCUAGGGCUGUUCUAAUGAAAGAGGUACAGCUUCUCUGGAACAGACUACAGUGGCCAAAGAACAAGUGUGACGAAUUCCUAAGAAAAACAAGCAAAUUCUCUAUUUCCGAAGCCAUCAAGAUGUGGGAAGAGGAGUUACUGGUCUUGGAAGAACAGAAGAAAGAACACCUCAAAGAAAUUACUUUGAAAGUCAGAGAAGAACUUGAUACUUACUGGAACAAAUGCUAUUUCUGUGGUGAACAGAGAGCUACAUUUCAACCAUUUUAUAAUGAUAAUUAUUCAGAAGAGUUGUUGAGUCUGCAUGAUGAAGAACUUGUAAAAAUUAGAGCUGUUUAUGAGAAAAACAAAUCUCUGUAUGAAAGUGUUCAGAAAUGGGAAGCUAUCUUAGAAAGAUUUGUUGAACUGGAGAAAAAAUCAGCAGACCCUAGCAGACUUCUAAACAGAGGGGGUAGCUUACUCAGAGAUGAAAAGGAACGAUCAAAGAUUCAAAAACAAUUGUUAAAGUUGGAAGAAGAACUGAAGAGAAAUAUUGAAAACUGGGAGAAGGAAAAUGGCUCAUCCUUCCUGGUUAAUAAUCAGAGGUUUCUUGAUACAAUGGCCCAGCAAUUGCAACAUCACAAACUUAAAAAAGAUCAUCAAUCCAAAAUAUCGGUGAAAAAAGAAGAAUUUGCAACUUCCAGAAGAACUGUUAAAAGACCUGCAGAAGAGAGUACUCCAACUACUAGUAAAAAGACGUGUAAGGUAGCCUCUAGCCUAAAAGCAUUCAGCUGCAGCAAUUUAUCAACAGGAACUGCUGUUGGUGGCAAACAGCCAUUUCAAGCAAAGAUGCCUUACAAAAGUGUACGUCCAGAACCCCCCAGGCAGCUACCUUUAGAAGAGUGCAAAGAAAGCAAACCAACCCAGCAGCCUAGUUAUUCAGAUUUCAUGAAAGAGUUGUCAACGAAGUCAAGCUGCACUGGAAUUAUUUUUAAUUCUACACUCAAGGAGAACUUUCCUGAAUGAACCAAUCAAUCAUCUCCUCCUGAUAGCUUGACUGAUUGGAUAAAUUGACAUUCAAAAUAUAUUAAAAUAAUAAAUGCUGUCUGUACAGUAAUUAUAUUUUUAUUCUUGUAACUUUUUCUAUAAAAAUCACUUUUGCUAUCUAUGCUUUUGUAUGUAUUAUGAAUAAAACAUCAAACAUGAA